AUGUCUCCACCUGCACCCCCUCAACGCUACCCAGAGCGGUCCUCCUCCCUCUCCGCAAUCGACUUCCCCCACGCAGCAGCGAAGAAGAAGAGAUUCCCCGCACUCGCACUCACCAAAAGCAUCACCAGCAGCAGCGAAGAAGAAGAGAUGGAGGAUAAGAAUCAUUUUAUUAUUGAUGCGCUUCAGAGAUCGCUUUCGAAAUCUGAGAUUAGGGAGCCGUUGGUGCAGGAGUUCACUUUCGAAGCGAUUGAUCGGAGUGUGAGUUUGAGUUUGGGUGUUGAUGCGGUGGAUGGACAGGUUCUACCUGCUGCGCUGGAGAUUGUGAAAAUUGGUGGUAGAGAGGAUGAGAAGAAUGAGGUUGAUCAACGCCAUGUUUUGCAGUGCGAGCAUGGCACCGCUGUCAAUCUCAAGGAGGAGGAUACUGGUGAGGACAAACUCAUAGGUGACGAUCUACACUACAAAGAUAAAGCUUCCAAGAAAGAAGUGACGGCUUCUGAGGCGUGUUCUUGCAGUCCGAGUCCAAUCGAGACGGUACCAUCAGCUAUUAUUCGCCCAGCCACGCCGAUGAUCCCUUUAGCCUUCGGCCGCAAGAACAAGGAUAUCAACGAACCAGGCACUGAGUCUCCCAACAAUCUGGAAACCCCUCACGCUUCACCACUUCGAAUUAACACUACCGAACAACCAGUCACCAUCCCCAUCGCAGAGAACUACAAAGAGAACAAGCUCAGCCCAGCUCAACUCGUCCCCAAGAAGAAGACUUUUGUAGUCGCUAUCUCAGGUUGCACUUCUGCUGGAAAGUCGGUAUUGGCUAAGAUCCUCAGUGAGAUCUUUGAUUCUCCGUCGGUUCUUCCAAGCAAUGGCGACGGUGGAAAAAUCAAGCCAACGAUUACGAUUGCUCAGGAUGAUUUCUUCCACCCAAAGGGUUUGCAGCCGUUUGUGAGCUUCAUGUCGACGCAAGGGGAUGCGCCGUUUAUGGAGAAAUCGAUUCAUCAUGACGAGUUUGGGAUGUAUUUCAUCACCUCAUCCGGUACUAGACCCUCCCAUCCACCCGACACUCUCCUCGAAUGCCUCACCGGCACUUCCCACACCCAACGCAUCGACUCCUUCGACUCCAACAGCAGCGACGCCUCUUGCCUCCACGAAGGUGGUCAUCGCCAUCUCUACCGAGUGACCGGUCCCAAGCCUGACUGCAACCAAGCUCUCGAUUUCGUCAGCCUAGUCGAAGCCAUCACCAGAAUCCAGACAACCGGCCAGCUGCCCAAGUACAAGAUGCGCUUCCCGUGCGAGGAGGACAUGGACCAGUAUUCCAACUUGAUUACUAAGAUGAAGGAAAAGGUCGCGGGAUGGGUUAAAGAACAGGCUGUUCUUAACGCGGAGGCUAGGUUUGGUGGUGCGGUUGUUAGAGGUCCGAUUGAGAGUGAUGGGAAGAAACUCGUCAAUGCUGAUGCGCACGGAACAGGCAAGGCAACUCUACGACCACAAUUCGUCUUUGUUGAAGGAUUCCUCCUACUCGCCGAUCCUUCCGAGGCCAGAUCUAGCACCACCCGACGCAUAAGCAAUGCUGCUGCUUACAACAUCGCAAGCGAGAAAGCCAAGAUCGCCAAAUACGUCAAGCAGUUGGAGGAACUCUCUACAGAACUCACUGCCAAGUAUAAUAUCGACGAGACUAUUGAGGGCGAGCGGGAUGUCAUCGAGGCGCAGUUCUGGGCUACGAAUUUGAAGGCUAAGGAGUAUCUCCAGGGAUUGUUUGAUGUUAAGUUGUUUCUCAACACGAGCAAGGGCGAGUCGAAGCGACGACGUUUCCAGAGAUAUAUUUAUAGGGAUGGGCCUGAGGGUGAAAGGUUGCCGGGACAGAUGUGGAAGAGUGAGGGGUUCUAUGAGGAGGUUGUGUGGAAGGCCUUUGAGGAGAAUUAUGAAUGGUUGUUGGAGGGCGAUGGCAAGACUAAUAUUUCUGUUCAGGCAGAGAAGGGAAAUGAGAGCUUGGGUUUGUCUACCAAGAAGGGUGUGUUCAUGGAGCCGGUUCAGGAUGCGUGUGUUGAGGAUGUUGUCGAAUGGGCUGUUGAGGUAAUGCUUGCUGAGACGGGUCGACUUGAGGCUGAAGCUAGGAUUGCUGGAGGUGGAUGCAGCACUGACGACUAA